CCAGCUUGGAGAGGCUGUUCCCUUCAAACGACCGAAGACCCCGUCGCUGUCAAAGGAAUCGUCGCCCAUCGCCCAUUUGACUCGACACCAACAUCUUUCACAAUGUCUUCCGGCAAGGUCAAGGCGGGCCAAUUAUGGUCUAAGAACAAGGACGAGCUCACCAAGCAGCUUGCUGAGCUCAAGACGGAGCUGAGCCAGCUUCGCAUCCAGAAGAUCGUCUCCUCGGGCACCAAGCUCACCAAGAUCCACGAUCUCCGCAAGUCGAUCGCCCGUGUCCUCACCGUCAUCAACGCGAAGCAACGGGCCCAGCUCCGCCUCUUCUACAAGAACAAGAAGUACCUCCCCCUUGACCUCCGGGCCAAGCAGACCCGUGCCAUCCGCCGCCGCCUGUCCAAGGAGGACGCCUCGAGAGUGUUGGAGAAGACCAAGAAGCGCCAAACGCACUUCCCUCAGCGGAAGUUCGCCGUUAAGGCUGCAUAGAGGCGUUAGCGUGGGUAAUGGGAUGGUUGUAUCUAGGGCACUUCCGGCGCGGUUUUAAAACUUUGGCACUCGACGCAUUGCAUCAUCCCAGGGAUUCUGCUUUCAGGGUUUGGGGUGUUAUACG